AUGUUCCACAACCUGGCCUCCAUCUGCAGGGGUGAAGGCCUCAAGACCCAUGUUCUCAACAAUGACAGGACAUAUAUCAAAGUUAGAAUCCCACCUCAGAUCAAAUACCCACACAAGGAAUACACAAAGCUAACUGAAAUAACUAACAUUCCCUCCUCAUUCACGUCACCCAACCAACCUUCCCCACCCCAAUCCCUCUUAAAAGUAUCACACAAUCACAGCCACAAACUUUUCCACUUCACACCUGAAAUGAUCACCACCCUAAAAAACAAGGCCAUGAUCAAGUGCUCAACUUUUGAGGCCAUGGUGGCCCACCUGUGGAAAUCAAGGACAAGGGCUGUCUUUAAAGACCCAUGUGGGGUUUCAUCAGUACUCUUUGUUGUGGACAUUAGGAGCAAGAUAACUCCACCUUUGCCACAUGGGUUUGUUAAGAAUGUUGUUGUAAUAGCUUGUGCAAGUGCAAAGGUGGUGGAUUUGAAUAAGGAGUCUUUGUGGUUUUGUGUUGCGAAGGUGAAGGAAGCAAUAGAGAUGGUGACAGAUGAGUAUGUGAAAUCAGUAGUGGAUUGGUUGGAGGUUUAUAGAGGGGUCCCUUCCACUUUAGAUGAGAAUUUUUAUGUGUCAGCUUGGUGGAAGCUACCCUUCCAUGAGCUGGAUUUUGGGUAUGGGAGGCCCGCCUAUGGUGGCCCAAUUGUGAGUAGAAUGGAUGAGUUUGUAUUGUUGCUCUCUGAUGGUAUUAGGGUGAGGAGAGGUGGAGGUGUUAAUGUAUGGAUGGCCUUAGAACAAGAGGUGGAGAAAUUCAUGAUGCAUGUGUUUGAGAUGUAG